GUUGCCAAAGUUAGAGGCGUCCCAGGACCAAGAAAGAGGCUUCAGUUACAGAAACAUCAGCGCCAUCUACACAUAUAAAACAAGAGACCCACCGUCCUCCGAGCCCCACUUCUGGUCCAUUUACUAGAAGGCAAGUUACAGUUACAUCAUCACAAUGGCUGAUCUUAGCGCCAGGGACAUUGAAAGAGCGAACUUCGUGUUCUCGAUCUACGAUUUCGAGGGUAAUGGUACCGUCGAUGCAGUCAAUUUGGGCGAUAUGCUCAGAGCCCUCAACCUUAACCCAACCUUGGCCACCGUUGAAAAAUUGGGAGGAACCAAGAAGAAGAACGAGAAGAAACUCAAAGUAGAUGAAUUCCUCCCUAUCUUCAGCCAGGUCAAAAAAGAGAAAGAACAAGGCACAUUCGAAGAUUUCUUAGAAUGUCUGAAAUUGUAUGACAAAGAAGAAAAUGGUAAAAUGAUGGCAGCUGAACUUUCCCACACCCUCCUCUCUCUUGGUGAGAGGCUGUCAGACGCUGAAACCGAAGAAGUUCUCAAAGACUGUAUGGACCAAGAAGAUGACGAUGGCUUCAUCCCUUACGAACCAUUCCUCAAAAAGAUGAUGGCGUAAGAAGCUAAAUUUAGAUUUUAUUUUUGACAACUUGAAAAACUGUGCGUUCCACAUUUGGGCAAAAAUUAUCAUUCAAGACCGGAAGCCAUCACGCACACAUGGGCCUUAACAUCUAGACGCCUCAUUGGGAGAUAUUCACACAUAGAAAAAAUAAAUUUAAUUUUUUGUUGAGUUUAUUUCUUCUUAUGUUCAAUAAAUUGUAAAAAUUC